AUGGUAUCUGAUUAUAAUAUAACAAGCAUGAUUGUCCAAGCACCAGUGGCUUGGGACAAAGAUGGAGAAAACUUUUUUGUCACUGGUCAAGCAAUUAAUUUACCUGCUAUUGCAAUUACUAUUGCAAUUACAGUUCUACUUAUGAUUGGGAUUCGCCUAACGGGUAUAGUUAAUGCCGUAUUGGUUGUGAUUAAAGUUAUUAUAAUUUUAAUAUUCAUCUUUGCCGGUUGUAAUUAUGUUAAUAGAAACAAUUAUCAUCCAUUUUUUCCACCAAAUAAAGGUUCGUUUAGUGAAUAUGGAGUAACAGGUAUGCUGCAAGCAUGUAAUUAUGUUUUCUUUGGAUAUGUUGGAUUUGAUGCCGUUUCCACAGCAGCACAAGAAGCAAAAUCACCAACGAAAUCACUUCCAAUUGCCAUUAUAGGAUCGACAAUUGUUUCACUACUACUUUAUAUUGGAAUAUGUACUGUUAUGGUAGGACUCGUUCCAUACCAGUUAUUAAAUUCAGACAGUCCUAUUUCUGAAGCAAUAAAAGCAACACCUUAUGGUCGUUGGUUAUCAAUUCUUAUGAAUUUAGGUGCGAUUGCUGCUCUUACGAGUGCAGCAUUGAUUGGGAUGCUUCCACAGACUCGUAUAUUUUAUGCGAUGGCUCGUGAUGGUUUACUUCCACCAAUUUUUACUAAAUUUCAUCAUCAGUGGCGAACUCCAUGGGUGUCUAUACUAAUAAUCGGCAUAUGUUGUUCUGUGUUUUCAGGUAUUUGUCCAAUUAAUAUUCUUGGUGAAGUAACUUCUAUUGGCUCUCUAAUUACAUAUAUUUUCGUACAUAUUACGGUCAUAGUUAUGCGUUAUACACAUAGAAAUGUUCCACGAACAUUUAAAGUGCCAUUUGAUAGAUGGUUGCUUCCCACCGUAGGUUCUUUACUUUGCAUCCUUCUCAUGACAGGUGUAACAAAAGCAACAGGUUUUCGAUUUCUGGUGUGGACAGCAAUAGGUCAAAUUAUUUAUUUUUCCUAUGGCUUUUGGCAUUCUAAACGACCAUGGCCAACGGUUGUACCAAAUUCCGCUAGUACAAUUACUGAAACUAGAUUUUAA